AUGUGUUUUUCAGAGACAAGUCCAAUCUUUACAAACCACAGAUCUCACACAGGGACAAAGCCGUAUUCCUGUCUUGAGUGUGGGAAAUGUUUUUCCCAGACGUCCCAUCUUUACAGACAUCAGAGAUCUCAACACGGGGUGAGAAGCUGUAUUCCUGUUCCUGAGUGCGGGAAAUGUUUUUUCAGAGGUCUGAACUGUUACAUACAUCAGAGAUCUCACACGGGGGAGAAGUUGUAUUCCUGUUCUGAGUGUGGGGAAAUUUUUUUCCACAGAAGUCAAUCUUUCAUACUGUUCAUCAGAGAUCUCACACAGGGAGCAGCCGAUAUUCCUGGCUUCAUGUGUGCGGGAAAUGUUUUUCAGUUAAGUCCCAUCUUAACACACAUCAGAGAUCUCACACAGGGGUACAACACUUCCUGUUCUGAGUGCGGGAAAUGUUUUUCAGAUACGUCCAAUCUUUACAUACAUAGGAGGUCUCUCACGGGGAGAAGACCAUAUUCCUGCGCCUGA